UCAAAUUUCCUUUUCUAGAAUUCAUAUAUUCUACUACUCCAUUAUUAAAAUGCUGUUUGAUAGCACUUUACUAAUGCAUUACUUAAAUUUCAGUCCUGUUUUCACCACUGGCAGCUUCACUGAGUGUAGAAAAUACAGCAAUUUCCCCUUUUAUAAGAAGCUAUAAUGAUAAUAAUAAUAGUAAUAAUAAUAAUAAAGGCUUCUCCUAAUAAACAUUUUCAUUGUCCCUACAAAAGAAUUUGUAAUGUUUUUUAGAUGCAAAACCCUGUUACAUAUCCUGAACUAAGGUAAGACUAAGAGAAAGCUGUAAAUUAAAUGAAUUCUAAUCAUAUUUUGCCUGUACAGGAGUAACAUUAAGAUACAUAGGCCUUCUUCUCAUGAAAACGUGGCAAAAAAAAGAGUUAAUUCCUGAUAAUGCACAGUUGCUAUGUGUUCAGCAUAUUUGAUACUGGUUAUCUUCAUUAACAUCUAUAUACAAACAAGUAUAAGGAGAUUUUAUUUAAGUACACAAUACAUUUUUUCAGUCUACUGUGUGUCCCUUGUUUCUAGAGUCAGAUAUGGUUGUAACAGAACAUCGCGUAUGCUACCUUUCCCCCAAAUAUUUAAGUUUGCCUUUUCUCUCUCCAGAUGUGUGCCUCCUUUGCUACAGGCCCCAGGCAAGAUCAUGGAACAUUCUACGAGUUUCGUACCUACUACCUUAAACCCUCAAAGAUGAAUGAGUUCCUGGAAAAUUUUAAGAAAAAUGUUCACCUUCGGACAGCUCACUCUGAAUUGAUCGGAUACUGGAGUGUAGAAUUUGGAGGCAGAAUGAACACAGUAUUUCAUAUUUGGAAAUAUGAUAAUUUUGCUCAUCGAACUGCAGUUAGAAAAGCCUUGGCUGAAGAUAAGAACUGGCAAGAACAAUUCCUCCUUCCCAAUUUGCCUCUCAUUGAUAAACAAGAGAGUGAGAUUACUUAUCUGGUCCCUUGGUGCAAACUAGGAAAGCCUCCAAAAGAAGUUCACGUUCUUUGGUGGAAUGAGAAUGCAGAUAGUCGUGCAGCUGGGAGACAUCGGUCUCAUGAGGACCCUCGAGUUGUGGCUGCCGUACGGGAAAGCGUCCAGUAUCUGGAGUCUCAGCAGAACAUUCUUCUGAUUCCUACGUCAUUUUCACCAUUGAAAUAGCUUUCUACUAAAAUA